UCUUUUCGUCGUCGUCGUCGUCGUCGUCGUCGUCAUAGACGAGAGAGGCUAGUAGUAGCUCGUAUAUAACUCAUCCGUAAUCGACGCGGCGCGCGCAAAAGUGCGUGAUAUCUAUAGUACAGUGCCGAUCUUGCAGUGCCGAUUUUUUUCAUCGAGCGCUGUCACAAGAGCCCGCCCGCUUCGAGAUCGCGCAGAGGCAGCCCCGACCAAGGCCGUGAUCGCCGCCGCAUCGAAAUAAACUUUUGUCUCUCGUCAAAGGCCGCUUUGUUUAGACGAUUUAUAAAAUAUAGCGAUUCAUAAGCUCGCAGGAGAGUUUCGAGAAGAUAGCGCGCGGUGUAUAGCGUACAGUAGCUCGAUUUGCCGAUCGCAGCAGCCGUGCAUGUGCGCCACGCGGCUCCUCCGUAUCCACCGCGUUUCGUUAUAUAGGUGCGGAAAAGAAAAAAAGAGGCUCUUUCUUGGCCUCAACAUCUCUACUCUCUGUGUACCCUGUGCUGUGCUGUGUGUGCGUGUGUAAGUGAAUAAUACGUCGACGGUCGAUCUCGUCGUCGCCGAGCGCGGCGGUUCGAUUUUCUUGGCAGCGAGUCGUUUGUUGACAAAGAGAGAGAGACAAGCGGCGCCCCUCUAGCCACCAGACCAACGAGACACAAAAUGACGAAAGGCAAAGAAUGGAUAUCCUGCCGGGACGUGCUCUGGCUCAUGGUCUUCUGGGGCUUCGGCAUCAACUACAUGCUGCGCAACAAUCUCAAUCUCGCCAUCGUGACGAUGGUCGUGCCCCGGGAAAAGUCCGUCGCCGCCACCGAGUGCGGAAGCGGCAACUCGACGUCUACACUCCAAGCAGCAGCAACAGAACAGCAACAGCCGGGACAAUACCCCUGGAACGAGUACCAGCAGAGCAUGGCCCUCGGCGCCUACUACUGGCUGCAUUGGCUGCUGCAGCUGCCGGGCGGCCUGCUCGCGAGGCGCUACGGCACCAAAAUGAUCUUCGGCCUUGGCAAUGUGCUCGUGGCCGUGCUCGGCUUCGCCUUGCCCUACGCCACCCACUACAGCCUCGGCGCUCUCGUUGCCGUUCGCGCGCUACAGGGCUUGAUUUCCGGUGUAGUGUGGCCAUCGAUGCACGACAUGACGGCCAAGUGGAUUCCGCCGAAUGAGCGAAGCCGAUUUGUCAGCUCUUAUUUAGGUAGCUCGGUAGGCGCGGCCGUCACCUAUCCGCUCUGCGCCACCAUCAUUAGCAAUUACAACUGGGAGGCCGUUUUCCACAUAACUUCGCUCAUCGGUAUCGUUUGGUACGUGUUUUGGCUGUUUCUCGUGUACGACUCGCCCCAGCAGCAUCCGCGAAUAUUGGAAAGCGAGAAGAACUACAUCUGCAAGAGUUUGGCCGCCAACGAUCCGGAAAUGGACGAGGACGACUACAAAGCCGAGACCGAGGAGCCGAAGGGGGCGAACAAGCGGGUACCCUGGCGAGCCAUCAUGACGUCCGGCCCGUUCUGGGUGACGAUCGUCGCCCACUGGGGUGGCGUCUGGGGCUUCAUCACCUUCAUGACUCAAGCGCCCUCGUACUUCAAAUACGUCCACGGCUGGAACAUCAGAGAUACGGGACUGCUGUCGGGCUCUCCCCACGUGGCCCGCAUGAUAUUCUCCUACCUGUUCUCGAUGCUGGCCGACUGGCUGCUGCGCACCAAACGCAUGACCCUCACGGGCGUGCGCAAACUGGCCAACCUGGUGUGCGCCGGGGGCCAGGCACUGCUCACCCUCGGCCUGAGCUUCAGCGGCUGCGAGCCCGUCUACGCGGCCGUCCUCAUGAUCGCCGGCACCGCCAUCAACGGGGCCGUCUCCUCGGGCACGAUACCGGCCUUCGUCGAUCUCAGUCCCAACUACGCCAGUGUGCUCUUCGGCAUCAACAAUCUGAUCACGUCGCCGUCUGGAUUCUUGUCGCCGCUCGUCGUCGGCAUACUCACCAACGAUAACCAAACCAUCGGUCAGUGGCGCUUGGUGUUUUUGGUCUCGGCGGCGAAUCUAGCCGUCAGUUGCGUCGUCCAUCUGAUCUGGGGAACCUCGGAGGAGCAGCCGUGGAACAAUUACGCGAGGGAAAAGCGAAGGAUCAAAGACGCGGAAAGCGCCAGUCCCGCCGAGACGAAGGAAUUCAUCGAGGCCAAAUCCGACGAGGAAGACGAUAAAGCUAAAGGGGAAGUUAAGGCCGAGCAGUGAGCCGAGCGUGAUCGAUCGCUAUUAAGAAUUCUUAUCCAUUCCAAUUAAAUUAAUUAUGUAUUAUCUACGUAAAAAAUGUAAAGACCCAAUUAUCGUUUCGUAAUGUACGUGCGUGACUUACGAGGAACGAAGUAUUACAGAAGCUUAGUCGUAAGUUUAUAUAGGUCCAUAAAAAUCGUACAAUUGAAUGAUUCUACGUUACUAUCUAAUUCUAUCAAUGCAAAAAGUGCCAAAAGUAAUGUAAAUAUUUUUAUAUUGUACAGACGCUCGAGUUCGAUUUUUCAAAAAUGAACCAGCGUUGAGUAUAUAAUUUUGAUUAUUGUUAUAAAAUUUAUAUCUAUUUAUACGGCAACCGAUCCAUUGAAAAUGUUUCGCUUGCUUCAUUUAAAAAAA